UUUUUCUAUUGUUAACUUAUACUUGUUAUGGUUCAAGACGAAUCACCUUCAUCAGCUUUAAAAGAAACACUUGCGAAUAGUGAUAAAAAUGUUAACAAAACACUGUUAAAAGAAAAGCCCUCUCGGUGGAAUACAAAAGAGUUUUACUUUUAUUAUGCUUGCUUUUGUAUUGUUGUGCCUUAUAUGCUCAAAGUGACAUAUAACCUCAGUAAAAAAACACACCCAAAUUAUCCAGAAUAUGCAGAUUUACUUUCAGAAGGAUGGAUUUUUGGACGUCAAGUGGAUAAUAGUGAUGCUCAAUAUGGACAAUUUCGAGAUAAUAUACCCAAGCUUGUGCCGCUUGUUCUUGUACAUCUUAUGUUUAACAAGGCCAAUCGAAGCUUUCAUUGGAUACAGUCCAAUUUAAAGUUUUCGUUAAUUACUUCAAUGAUUAUCGUAUUUCUGUUUCAUGGCUCUAGUGCAUUCAAGAUCCUUUUUUUGAUUUCUGCAAGUUUUAGCAUUGGUCACUUUUUUAAAGGAUCUAGCUUAAAUCCAAUCUUAACAUGGUGCUUUAACUUGUUAGUGCUUUUUGUGAACGAAUAUUGUGAUGGAUAUCGCUACAGUAACAUGUUUGGAGCUUCAUGGCAAUGGCUGGAUCAAUGGGAAGGAUUUCAGGCACGAUGGCAUAUUUUGUUCAACUUUGCCAUUUUGCGAUUAAUCUCGUUUAAUAUGGAUUAUUAUUGGGCAUGCAAUAGCCAGCAAUCUGUCGAGAACCACCAAGCACCACCCAAAUCUGAAAAGGAUCGCAUUAGCUACCCCUUGAUGAAUAGUGAUUAUAGCUACUUCAACUUUUUGACGUACGUUCUCUAUACACCUUUACUUUUAUGUGGACCUAUCAUCACUUUUAAUGAUUUUAUUUCUCAGUUCAAAUUCCCUUCAAGAAACUUUACAAAGAACUAUGUAGCAAUCUAUGCUGCUCGACUUGUAGCUGUCAUCUUAGUCAUGGAAGUUACUCUUCAUUAUCUCUAUGUAGUUGCUAUAAGCAAAAGAAAAGCAUGGGCUGGUGAUUCGCCACUAGAAAUCAGUAUGAUUGGUUACUUCAACUUGGUGAUUAUCUGGAUGAAGCUCUUGAUUCCUUGGCGAUUCUUCAGACUAUGGUCAUUGGCAGAUGGUGUAUGGGUUGAUGAAAAUAUGGUUCGUUGCAUGAGUAACAAUUUUUCAGCCCAAAGGUUUUGGAAAAGUUGGCAUCGCACAUUCAAUCGCUGGACGAUUCGUUAUAUCUAUAUUCCUCUCGGUGGAUCCAAGUACAUAGCAUACAAUAUGUGGAUUGUGUUUACUUUUGUUGCUUUAUGGCAUGAUAUUGAACUCAAACUAUUAGCCUGGGGCUGGUUGAUUUGUUUGUUUUUGCUACCAGAGAUAAUUGUGUCCAGAUUGUUUAGCGAGAAAAAGUUUGGUGAUAAGCCUUACUAUCGCUUUGUCUGUGGACUCGGCGCCGUAGGCAAUAUUUUGAUGAUGAUGAUCGCUAACCUUGUUGGUUUUGCUGUUGGUGUUGAUGGUAUGAAAGAAAUGCUGACAAAAGUGUUUGCUACUGCCAGUGGUCUUUCUUUUUUGCUCUCUGUCUCUAUUUGUUUGUUUAUUGCAGUCCAAAUUAUGUUCGAGAUUCGUGAAUCCGAAAAAAGAAGAGGUGACUCGAAAUGGAAAAUGUAAUAAAUAGUCUUGAGUACUUUUAUUUUAUCAAAGUCUUUAUUAAAUUGCUUGAAUCUUCAAUGAUUACCUGUCAAUAUCUAUAAAUAGUUAAAGGCUUCUAGUAAAUAAAAAAAAAUUAUACUCUGUUGUCAAUAAGC